AUGGGCGCCGACACCUGCAGCUUGUGCACAAUGGUCCGUAACCCUCUCCUUCCUGGCACAGGAGGAGCAGGAGCAAGGAUGCCGAGGCGGUUCAGGAUUGCCAUGGGAGCUUUGGAUGGUGGUCUUGGUAUUUCGCACAGUGACAAGAGAUUUGUUCGCUUCAAGAAGGAUAAGAAGCAGCUGGGCGCUGAGAUUCACCGCAAAUACAUCUAUGAAGGUCAUGUUGCUGACUACAUGAAGUCAAUAGCUGAUGAGGAACCUAAGAAGUACCAAUCUCACUUCAGUGAGUACAUCAAGAAGAAUAUUGCGGCCGAUGACAUGGAAGCACUGUACAAGAAGGUUCAUGCUGCUAUUUGUGCUUAUCCUACCAUGGCAAAAUCAACUAAGGAACCUUCAAAGACGCACAAGAGUUAG